CGCACGCCUAUUACAUCGACCAAAACAAUUCCAAACUAUCCAAAACGCAGUUUCAGUACGGAGUGCCGAGUUGAUUUCGCGAGUGUAACGUUAUCUUCGAAUAAUCCCGAUAUAUUAGUGAAAACUGCGCAAGGCUUCUCGAGUGUUUUGCCCCGGCUAUUUUCGCAUAAUAUAUAGGAUAAUCCACCGACCGUCGUGAUCGUGUGCCAAUAAUUGCUGUGUGCAAUCGUCGCGUUGGACCAACACGACAACGGAAUCUACGGCAUCAACGAAGCAUCCCCGCUUUGACGGGGCGCUUUGGUGAUGUACGACAGCGCCAGCUGCUCGUACGCUGCUGCGCUCGAUCUCAAAGGACCAAGCAUCCUCGCCAGUCAUUCCUCGCUCAGCAGUAACAACAACAACAACAGCAGCAGCAACAACAACAAUAACAACGGCACCGCUCCCAGUGCCAACAACAACAACAAUAACAACGCGGCAGUGCAUCACAAUAACGUUAUAGUGACAAGUGGCAGUAGUGCGUGCAGCAGCUCGUCGAGCGCAGCCGCGUCGGCUGCUGCCGCCGUCAAGCAGGAACAGAACUGGCCCUAUCGAGGCCUCAACUGCACCGGCAGCACAUUUCAGCAGCUCAAGCAGAGCGUCGAGAAGGCCAAGCAGGCCUUGGCCGAUCGCGGCGGCUACCUGGCCGGAGCCUUCUCGCCGCCGCCACGAGUCAACUCCAGCGCAGUGUCGCCCACCACAUCGAUAACAGAUGCCGGCAGUUCUUACAAGGGCGGUUGGAGCCAUGCCACGUCACCAGCCCCAGGACAGGGGUAUGGGAGUGGCCUGUCGAAAACAGCGUUGGAUUCACACUCUCACCUUCGACAACCAGAUCCUUACCAGAUGUUCGGGGCGACGAGUAGUCGCUUGGCAAGCUCGGGCUCCGGACAAAUUCAGCUGUGGCAAUUCUUGCUGGAGCUGCUGUCGGACUCAUCGAACGCGGCCUGCAUCACGUGGGAGGGCACGAACGGCGAGUUCAAGCUGACCGACCCGGACGAGGUGGCUCGACGAUGGGGCGAGAGGAAGUCAAAACCCAACAUGAACUACGACAAACUCUCGAGAGCUCUGAGGUAUUACUACGACAAAAACAUAAUGACCAAGGUCCACGGCAAGAGGUACGCGUACAAAUUCGACUUCCAAGGCCUGGCGGCGGCGACGCAGCCCGCCGCGGCCGAUCCCACGGCCUACAAGUACCAGAGCGAGCUGUUCAUGUCGGGUUACGGCCACGCCAAGCUCAACCUGAUGCCACCUCCGGCGGCCUCCGUGGCCGUCUCGAUGCCGGGCGGCCUGUUCCAGUCGGCCUCGUCCUACUGGUCGACGAGUCCCGGCGCGAAUCUGUACGGCGGCCACCACACGAGCUCGGGACACGUACCGACCCACCUGGGCAGCUACACGCAUUACGCAUGACCCACGGCCGCCGAGCACUGGGGUGCGGCUCUGGGGACGCCGGCGCGCUGGGGCCACAGCGUCGGCAACGAGGGCGACAGAUGAAGAGCCCCGCGGGAUCAUCAUCAGGCCGGUGGCGGCGGCGCCGGCAACGAUCAUCAUCAUCCACACUACGGCGGCGGUGGUGUCGGUGGCGGUGGCAGCGACUACUUGGCACCCCAGUAAACAAUUAUCACAAGUAGGGACAGGGCCCGUUCUCGUUGUCCACUUUUUAGCUGACUUUAAAGGCUGAAAUUUACACUCGCUUGUCGCUUGAUGUUGACGUUGAUGAUGAUGAUUACGAUAACGACGAUAAGACGUGAUUUACUCGCGCUAUCCCUUCAAAUCUGUGCCAUACGAAUGAAUUUGAAUGAGAUAACAAUUUUUAUCCCGGUCCUCGAGGGGUAGGGUACGCGCACGAACCCUAGUCUUGUACAAAUGUAUUUCUCGACAAAUUCGUUGGUCGUCUUUUUUUGAAAAUAAAUCAUUUUGAAAGCGAUAUCAUUUUUCAUCUGUAUUAUCUAAUUAAUUUCGGAGGAUAGCGCACCAAGAGUAAAUUUCUAUGUGAAUUUGCAACUUGUGCAGUUUCGGUGAAUCGCAGCGAGAUGAUUUAUUUAUAUUAUUAAUGAAUGGUAUUUAACGUAAUUUAGACGCGCGAGGGCAAUAGUCAAGUUUGGUCCUAGAAUCAGCAGCUAGGCCUGCAUCGGAAAUCGACUUUGUAAAUAUUAUGUAGACAAGAUUACGAUAUAAACUAUUAAUGGGUCAUAAUUGUAAAAGGAUAUCGGCCAACGGGUAUAUAUUACACGAUCGUGUAUCAAAUGCACCUUCGUGAAUUUACGAAUUUCGAGGGGAUUUUAUCGAAGGUAAACGUCAGCUUAAUACAGAAGAGCCGUCACCUUUUCUCAACUUCGUGUCGAGGCUCGACACAUACACACACACGUAUGGAUUGUAUAAUACACGCAAGUUGAACGAUACGAUUUGUUAAAUAUGUAUACGUGGCAAAAGCGAUAAUAUUAAAAAAAAAAGUAGUCACUAAAAAAAUAUAACACGAUCGAGAUACUAUUGAAAAAAAAAGUAAUACCGGCAUGUAUAAAAUGUUUAUCCGGCUCAGAAAUCCAAUGAAUCUAUAAAUAAGUCACGUAUAAGUCUGUUGUCGUAAAAGUGAAACAUAAUUUGUAAGUAUUAACUCUAGGUAAAUGUACGAUAUUAAUUUAAUUGCAAUUUAUACAAGUACACUUCUAUCAUAUAGGAAGAGGGUUGGCUUGGUUAUAGUCAUUUAAAUUUUACAGCUACUUUGAUUUUUUCAAGUUGAUCACUCGUCAAUCGAUUCGUUAAUUUUUCCUUUUUCCGAGUCGAUAUGACCAUUCCAUGAACUUAUUUGUUUCAUUUUGCACGAUAAUUUUCGUUUUUCUUACAUUUAAUAUGAAACUAAUUUUGAAUAUUUCAAGUAUUACUAAAGUCUAAGGUCCAAGGCCGCUAGAGGCAAUUAUUGUAGAUAGGAUAUUUUCACGUGUAAUGCACAGCACUCCGUAUAAAAGCUGAUUCUUUCCUUCUAUUUUAUAGUAAAAAAAAUGUAUUCUAGUCCUUUAAUCCACGUGUAUACAUGGCUGUGGCGCGAGCGAAUGAGAAAAAUAUUGAAUUACAGUAAAUACCAAAGAUGAAUUAAUAUUGCACAAGAUACAUAAUGUCGAAAUCUGAGACAUCGUGGCGUGUCUAAUUAUAUUAUAUAUAAAGGAGAAAAUUUUAAAAAAUAGACAAUUCGUAUUUCUAUGAUAUAUCAGUGUAUAAUGCGCUAAAUAUUAAUGUGCAUCGUCGUUUCGUCGUUACCGAAAAAUGUUGCGAACGAAUUUAUGUAUGUAUAUGAUAAACAGUAUUUAUUAAUUGUAUAAAAAGGCAAGAAAAUUUAUUUUAAUUCUCGAAUUAUUAUUGCUGGUAAGUUUGAUAGAAAAAAAUUCUAAAAAAAAAAGAAAACAGUGAAACUUUUUACGACUGUGUGUGUAUAGAUCUGCUCAUUUGUGCAGGCAAUAUAAGCCCAGUAUCAAAAAAAAGUGAAAUACAACUCUUCGUUGUAAGUGAAAAAAAACUCCUGUAUUGUUUUACAAUCUUUGCCCAUCAAAACGGGAAUUCAUAGCAAAUAAGAAAUGACGUGUGUGAGAAAACUGUGCACUGUUUAAGAAUAGCGCAAAGUACGAAGCAAGCAUAAAAUAGAUCCAGAUGUUCGUUGCCAUAUCGAGAGGUUAAUUGAAAAAUUACUGUUUACCGUGAAUAAUAACGAGAGAAAUAAAUGUGAUUCAUCGUUCAUCAAUAAACAUACCAAGUUUUACUGCAAAA